AUGACUGGUCGUAUUAUAGCUGAUAAUUAUCGAAUUGAAUCAAAAUUAGGUGCUGGAUCAUUUGGACAAGUUUAUUUAUGUGAACAUAUUCAUACACAUGAACAAUGGGCAAUGAAAAUAGAAUCACAGAUUAUGAAUAAUAAUCCUCAAUUAUCAAUUGAAUAUAAAAUCUAUACAAUACUUCAAGGUGGUAAAGGUUUUCCAAAAAUUGAUUAUUAUGGUAGUGAAGGAACAUAUGAUAUUCUUAUUAUUGAAUUAUUAGGUCCAUCAUUAGAAGAUUUAUUUAAUUAUUGUAAUAGAAAAUUUACACUAAAAACAGCAUUAAUGCUUGUUGAUCAAAUGAUUUCAAGAAUUGAAUAUGUUCAUACAUGUCAUCUUAUUCAUCGUGAUAUCAAACCGGAUAAUUUUUUAAUGGGUGUUAAAUCUAUGGGUAAUACUGUUUAUAUAAUCGACUUUGGUCUUUCAAAACGAUAUAGAGAUCCUAAAUCGCUUGUACACAUACCUUGGAAAAGUACUGCUCGAUAUGCAUCAAUAAAUGCUCAUAAAGGUAGUGAACAAUCACGUCGUGAUGAUUUAGAAGCUAUUAGUUAUGUAUUCAUGUAUUUUAUAAUGGGUACAUUACCAUGGCAAGGUUUACAAGCAACAGCAAGAAAAUCUAAAUUUGAACGUAUUGCUGAAAUGAAAAUGAAAAUGACAUCUGAACAAAUUUGUAAAAAUUAUCCAAAAGAAUGUGUUUUAUUUCUUGAUUAUUGUCGUACACUUAUAUUUGAUAAUCGACCUGAUUAUAAUUAUUUAAGACAUUUAUUUCGCCAUUUACUUUAUCAAAAAGGUGAUCAAUAUGAUUAUGAAUAUGAUUGGAUUAUUAUACAUAGAAAUAAACAAUUAUCUACAAUACACACAAUGAGUCCUAUCGAGGGUGAAACUUCUCUUAUAUCUGAACAGCAAUAA